AAUGGAAGAAGAGAAAGAAGCAGUGAUGGUCACACCUGGUGAAGUGUUGGGUAGAACCUCCGAUGUCAAAGCUGGAAGAGGAGCAUACGCCGCGCUUCACAACGACACCGUUUAUGCCUCCCUCACUGGCUUCCGCCGCACUCUACCUCCCGCGCCGGACUCCUCCGACCAGAGACCGACUAUUGAAGUGACUGGUCACAAGGCUCAUGGACCUGUUCCACAACCUGGAUCUGUCGUCAUUGCGCGGGUCACCAAAGUCAUGGCUCGGACCGCUUCAGCUGAUAUUAUGUGUGUUGGAUCAAAGUCUGUUCGAGAAAAAUUCUCCGGCAUCAUUAGGCAGCAAGAUGUUAGAGCAACUGAGAUUGAUAAAGUAGAGAUGCACUUAUGUUUUCAUCCUGGUGACAUUGUUAGAGCUCAUGUGCUUUCCCUUGGAGAUGCACGGGCAUAUUUUCUGUCUACUGCAAAGAAUGAACUUGGUGUUGUUUCUGCAGAAAGCAUCGCUGGUGCAACUAUGGUUCCAGUAAGUUGGACAGAGAUGCAGUGCCCAUUAACAGGCCAAAUUGAGCAAAGAAAGGUUGCAAAGGCUGCAAGCUGACUAGAGUACAUCAUCAAGCUGGAAUAUGUUUUAUAGAAAUUUACUAACAUGCUUUGUUGUUAGGUUAAGAAACUAUAGCAAACUUGUAUUUUACAUUGAUUGCAGGUUGGUCUACUUAUAAAGUAGCACAAACACGGGAUUUUAAUUCACUCGUGUUCUGAGCUGAAUUUUGUUAUAUUUUAUUGUAUUUUUUCAAUUUAAGGCUAUUGAUUACUAUCAUUGUGAGACAUGAUUUAAUUUUCAACUUAGAAUGAAAUUGGUUUCAUAUUUUA